GCUCCACGAUAAAUUAGAUUUUUUUAUUAAAUUUAUAAAUUUUGUUAUAUUUUUGAAAUAAAACAAAAAAUGAGUACAUCAAGUAAAAGUGGACUACUCCCAACACCUCAGAGACGUAUUCCAAGAAAGAAACCAGUUAAACCGGAAACACUUUUGCCAACCAAGUACGUAGUCAAACCGAUAACAUUAACCCUUCGACCAUUUGGAGGAUUGUACAAUCCAUAUGCAAAAGGAUGUUCAGUUCUUUGUAAUCAUCCAGCACCAAGUGCAGUUCGAAAUUAUAUAAACAAACUGAAAAGCAAUUUGGUAUCUGAAAAUAAGAAUAAUUCAUCCCAAAACAGGGAACAAUUUGAAUCGGAAACUGAUAAUAUUCCAGAAGAUUUAUUUCGUCGUUACACUGACACCGAUUCAAGGCCAUUGACACCUUCACCAACUGUAACGAGUGUUCGAACUCGAAACAGUACUGGUUCAUUUUUGAACAAUAGACGUUGUAUUACGCCGGAGUUGAGAAAAAAUGAAAUAAGCAAGAGGAAGAAGAUUAUUCUUGAUUUGAGACGAAGUCACAGUCAAGAAACAUUGUAUUGGAAACCAACUUCGGAUUUAUCACAAAGUGCUUUGACUGAAGCUGAUAAUGAAGAAAAAAAAGUAGUGGUCGAGAAGAAAGUAAAGAAGCAAAAAUCUGAUGACAUUAGACCAAAAACUCCUGCAACAAUACCAGAAGAGUUUCAAGAAGAUUCCAAAAAACCACCAAUAUCUUGCAUAAAUGAACAUGACAUUGCUGACGAUGAUGCGAGACGAGGAAAAAAGAGAAAGAAGAUAAAACCACAACCUGCAACUACGACAUUCCACCUUAGUGAAGAUCCUGAAACGCAAGUAGCUACUUUGGGCCCCGAUUCAUUAAAUCCAAGUACCCGUCCAUCUCUUAUACCAAAUGCAAUAAAUCUCUUACCAAGCAAGGAAAAGCGAGAAAGUGAACCAGUUUUGCUUAAGGGCAGUUUUCUUACCGACGAAGCAUUUGAAGCUCUUAAAACUGAACUUGACAUUGACACUAUUGAAAACACUUUUGACAGAUAUCUUAAUAGAGCCAUGAGAGAAGCUUAUAAGUAUAUACCAGUAAAAGCCAAGGAAAACAAAACUAAGCCUAAUUAUGAAUGUGAAAAACUAUAUUUUGAGACGCAUUCGAAAAUGCCGAGGAAAUUUUCGAAAUCUUCGACUAGAUUCGAAGUUCCUCUUGAUAUGAAAACUUUGGAAGAUAUGUCAGUUUUUGAAUACUUAAGCAAAUUCGUUUGGGUUUCAAGACAGCGAAAGCAGCUUUAUAAAAAAGUUUUUGUCAAACAUUUGGUUCAAGUGGAAGAACCAGAAGAGACUGAAGAAAAUGAAGUAGCAAUUAACGUUGAAUAUGUUGAAAGAAAAAUGUCUGCAAAGCAUCUAACUGAAGCCCUUACAGAAGUGUUAGAUUUUUAUGGAACAGAAAAGAAUAUUAGCAAAAUUUUAAGACUUAUUGCUGUAGAAGAAGAUCAAGAGUUAAAUUUUCGUUCAUGGUGUGGUAUAGUAUCGUUUAGUGAACGAUUAGCUUUGGAUGAUGUCAAUCCUUCAGACUCAAGCGAUGAGUUGGAGAAAGCAGAUUUCACAAGUAUGCAGCAGCGAUCAGAGGCAUAUAACAUACCCGACAAGCUGAGAGAAGUUUUUGAAAUCAUUCGAAAGGGACAUUUGAUUUGAGAUGAUUGUAACUCCAAAUUAUUUUUUAAAUGCAUUUUUCAAUAAUAUGUCAUAAAAUUAAUCAAACAGUUCCACUAACUUGUGUUUCCUGUAGUGUAUCCACAUAUGCACCGCCACUGUCCAAUAAAUGAACGUUUGAAAUGCGAAUCGAGUAUGUUAGUCAUAUCAUAACAUUAACUUUCCACUUGAUUUUCACUCAAUAGUUAUAAAAUCCUUAUUAAUAUAAUUUAAACAAUAGAAAAAUAGAAUUAUUUUUAAUAUGAAAUUGAACGUAUAGAAACUAAGAAA